AUGGGCAAGGUUCACGGUUCUCUGGCGCGUGCCGGUAAGGUCAAGUCGCAGACUCCCAAGGUCGAGGCUCAGGAGAAGAAGAAGGUCCCCAAGGGCCGCGCGCACAAGCGGGAGCUGUACACUCGGCGGUUCGUGAACGUCACGCUGGCACCGGGCGGCAAGCGCAAGAUGAACGCCAACCCGACGGCAUAA